GACCUAAGUAGAUUAAAUCUAUCUCAACAGCUGGUCUGUUCAUCUUGGCACCUGAACAUGACCAAAAUGAAUACAACGCCACUUCUUGUCUGAGAGAUCUACAUCUAGACCGUCACUCAAGAAGUCCAGUCUGGGCUGAUCCCCCGCCCGAACGAAAUUUCAUCCACCGCCGGAUCCUGGGUGUGGAGUACGCUUUACUGUAAAGCUCACUUAUCUACAGCCACAGGAUGGCUAGGCACGGGGACACUCGCUCACCAUCACCUGUAGGAAGCCAGUACUCAUCGUCCAAACGCAACCGUCGAGAUGAUGAUCGACACGAGAGAAGCCGGCGAGAUGACGACCGCAGUCAUCGAAGGCGGUACUCCAGGUCUCGAAGCCCAGAGCGUCGACACCGUGACCGCGACAAGAAUCGCGAUCGUGAGGGUUAUCGAAGACGGGACCGUUCCUUAGACCGGAGGUACGACGGCAGAAGAGAAGACGAACGCCAUCAAUACUCCAGACGAGAUAGGUCUAGAGACAGAAGACCCUCCAGAGACCGGGAUGAUCGUCGACGUAGUCGAGACCGAGAUGCCCGCCCACGCCGGGACGAUUCUCGCGAUAGGGCUCACAGAUCAAGGGACGGUUCGACAGAGUCAAGGAAGAGGAAGAGAGAGACCAGUCGAGACCGCGGCUCCAGAAAGGAGGCUAACAAUGUGUCCAGAGAGUCUUCUAAACCUUCCACUCCCACGGCGCAAACUGCAGAAGAGCAAAAGGCAGCCAGACUCGCCAAACUUGAGCAAUGGAAAAAGAAGCAGGCCGAAGAGCAAGCGAAGAAACAAAAAGAGCUCGAGGCCGCCGGUGGUGCCAGAAGUAUCCUCUAUGAAAUUGACAGAAGAGCAGGAAUGUCACCAGCGGGAACAUCAACCAACUCCCCAUCAGCUCCCGCGACUCCCGAAAUUGGCUCGCCUACGCCUGCUCCUUAUGCCGGAAAGUUUGAUCCGAAAGCUAUUGCAAAGAAAGCUCAUCAUGCUGCCGCAACAUCAAAAGUGUUGGGAGGAGAUGUGUCGGCUCCAUCACUGGCCAACGGUCAUGUUCCGAAGCCUUCAACGCCACCGUUGGGCUCUAACCUCAAGCAAUUGCCUCCCAAAGCCCUGAAGGCCACUGGAAAUAUGGGCAAAUUUGGUCUUGGCAUCAAAGCUGCGGCAGAAACUGAUGUGUCCAAGAAAGCACUUGACUUUGAGGACGUCGAGACGACCAAGAAGAAACUCGAAAGAUUGCCCAAUCUAGCGCUCGAGGAGAGUAAUGGCGACGGACAGAGUCAACAGGAUGAAAUUGACGAAGCUGAGGAUGACACAGACAUGCAAGAUGACGAGAACGAUGAAGAGGCCAUGGCAGCAGCACGCGCAGCCGUCGAGCAACGAGGCCGGGCAGAGACCGCAGAGGACACCAAUAUGACAGACUUACCAGCUGUCGAACCAAGUGAAGAGCAAACUGCGCCUGAUGAAGACGAAGAAAUCGACCCACUUGACGCUUUCAUGCAAGAUUUGCAACCAGCAUCGACGCGAAAGACGUUUGCGCCCAAAGGCAAGCUCAGCACUCGGAAACAAGAACCAGAAGCCAUGUUUGGAGACGAUGAAGUUGACCUAACAGCUGUUGAUGACGACAAUCCUGACAACAUCUUGUCCCUUGCGAAUGCCAAUGCCAAAAAGAAGAAGAAAGACAUUCCGACCGUUAACCACGCGAAAAUUCAAUACAGGCCCUUCAGACGGAACUUGUACUCGGAGCCUAUUGAUAUGGCGGACUGGUCCGAAGACGAUGUUGCUGCAUUGCGCUUUAAGCUGGAAAAUAUCAAGGUUCGGGGCGUGGAUGUACCGAAGCCAGUCCAGACAUGGGCCCAGUGUGGUCUAGGGGUGCAAGUCCUUGAAGUCAUCCAAAAGCUGGGUUAUGAGGCUCCAACAAGUAUCCAAGCCCAAGCUGUGCCUGCAAUCAUGUCUGGUCGAGACGUGAUUGGAGUUGCCAAAACUGGAUCUGGGAAAACAAUAGCAUUCUUACUGCCGAUGUUCCGACACAUCAAGGAUCAACCUCCUCUUGAUGCUCUCGAUGGCCCGAUUGGGCUAGUAUUGAGUCCUACAAGAGAAUUGGCGACCCAGAUUCACAAGGAGUGCAAGCCUUUUAUCAAGGCUCUCGGUCUGAGAGCAGUUUGCGCCUAUGGCGGUGCCCCAAUCAAAGACCAGAUCGCCGACCUCAAGCGAGGUGCUGAGAUUGUGGUCUGCACUCCUGGUCGAAUGAUAGAUUUGCUGGCUGCCAACAGUGGUAGGGUGACGAACUUGAAGCGUGUGACCUAUGUCGUCCUUGAUGAGGCAGAUCGAAUGUUUGACAUGGGUUUUGAGCCUCAAGUGAUGAAGAUUUUGUCGAAUAUCCGACCAGAUCGCCAAACGGUCUUGUUCUCUGCCACCUUUCCACGUCAAAUGGAAGCAUUGGCCCGAAAGACAUUAAGCAAGCCGGUUGAGAUCGUUGUGGGCGGUCGGAGCGUUGUUGCUCCAGAAAUCACCCAAGUUGUCGAGGUUCGUGAAGAGGGCACAAAAUUUGUCCGUCUAUUGGAGUUGCUGGGCAAACUCUAUGAAGAUGACAAGAAUGAGGAUGACCGUGCAUUGAUAUUUGUCGACCGACAAGAAUCAGCUGAUUCGCUACUGCGAGAUCUCAUGAAAAAGGGCUAUCCAUGCAUGUCUAUCCAUGGUGGUAAAGAUCAAAUCGACAGAGACUCGACGAUCGACGACUUUAAAGCAGGUGUAGUUCCCAUCCUCAUUGCCACAUCUGUCGCUGCUCGAGGACUUGAUGUCCAUCAACUCAAACUCGUGGUCAACUUUGACGCUCCAAAUCAUCUCGAAGACUACGUCCACCGAGCCGGUCGUACAGGGCGAGCAGGAAACACUGGCACUGCAGUCACAUUCCUCACAGAGGAACAAGAUCGGUACGCGGUGGAUAUCGCCAAAGCGCUCCAGCAGUCCGGCCAGCCCAUUCCCGAAUCAGUUCAGAAGUUGGUUGACACGUUCAUGGAGAAGGUCAAGUCCGGCAAGGAGAAAGCUGGGGCAUCUGGAUUCGGCGGCAAGGGUCUCGAGCGGCUCGACCAAGAGCGCGACGCAGCCAAAGCACGCGAGCGCAAGACCUUCAAGACAGGUGAGGAAGGUGACGAACAAGAAGAAAAGGAAGAAGGCAUAGGCAAGGACGUAAAAGUGGGCGACGAUAUAUUCGCCAAGGCGGCAUCUGGUGUCAAAGCAUUCGACGCGACCCCCAGUACCAGCAACAAUGUCCCCGGAGUACCCAAGGGCAUUGACUUGGACGGCAAGAUCACCGUGCACAAGACGGAACGAGCAGAACCGGCCGCAAGCUCAGGACCCACGAACCAAAUGGACAAGGUCGCCGCGGCCGUUGGUGCAAUCAACCAGAAACUGUCCAAGGCAGGCGUCAUGAGAAGCGGAGUGCCCAUCGACAAUAAAGGACCUGACGCCGGUGCAUUCCACGCAACGUUGGAGAUCAAUGAUUUUCCUCGUAAGUUGACCCUUGCCCACUUUCCUUUACUCACUAUGUAAUGUACCUUUAUCGCCAGACACAUAUACUGACCAAGAAUUUUGUUCAAAUAGAAAAAGCACGAUGGGCCGUCACCAACCGGACCAACGUGGCCAAAAUCCUCGAGAGUACCGGCACCAGCAUCACCACCAAGGGCAGUUUCUAUCCUGCAGGCAAAGACCCAGGCCCCAACGACAAUCCCAAGUUGUACAUCCUGGUCGAAGGCGAUACCGAGGUCGUGGUGCACGAUGCAAUGAGGGAGUUGAUGAGGUUGCUGAAGGAGGGUACUAUGAGCGCCGCCGACGCUGCCGAUCGUCCUGGUGGAAGAUACAGUGUGGUCUAAUCCUCGUGGUUAUGGACCGUUGGGUUAUACAUGCCACCAAGGGUUGUGGGUGGCCCUAGUGCUAUAGUGACCAGGCUUCUAUAUUUUCUCACCUGGGCCUUUCAGGGAUUUGAAAUGAAACUAAACUCAUUGACAAUC